CACAAAAGAAUAAAUUAUAAUUAUAUGCUGACUCUUGGGGGUUGCCUGAACUCAGUCAACGGAUGUUGCCCUUUCCAUUAAGGACCAAUUGACCUUUGCGUGCGUGGAGCCUGACCUGUUGCACGAUGGGAUACAUACUUAUGAGGUAGAAUAAAAAGAGUUGUAGGUGCCCUACCUGUGGAGGCAUCACUGCAAGUUUUACAAACUAUUGAAGCCAGUUGUAAAACGUCCGCUCCAACACAGAUAGGAAGCAGAGGUAGCACAACGCAAUGUCAAGCUGUCCUUUUGCAUCUGCGUGGGCAGUCCAAAACAGCGGCGCGGUGGGGGCGACGACAUUAAAUGACUUGCGCCACGCACACAGCGACUUGCAAAUGCCAGCCAAAUCUCAGGGAGCCCUAUUCGAUGACGCUUCCUUCCCUCGGACAAUUAGCACGCCGAACCUUGCCUCCGAAGCUUCAAAAUCUGUUUCAACUAUGACCUCGGCGACGGCGUCACCAUCAUCUGCCAGCGCCGCGCGGCAAGCGCGCGUGAGCAACCCUAGUGCAACAACGAAACCGUCGUCUUCCACCACCACUUCUUCUUACAUUUCUUCAUUUAGCAACUCCGCUUCAACCAUGAGCCAGCGACUCACACGGCGGCAGUUGCGAAAGAUGGGCAAGUGCUGGAACCUGUCUGAGGUACGGCAGCAUGCCCGCAAGGACGACGCGUGGAUCGCGGUGGACGGAAAGGUGUACGACAUCACCGAGCACCUGCUCAACCACCCAGGGUGGGAGGACAGCUCGGCCAUCAGCACAGUGCUAUCCAUUCUGGCGCACGCCGGGACCGACUGCAGUCAGGAGUUUCGGGAAAUCCAUCGGCCGUAUCCCGUGGCUUGGCGACAGCUGCAAGCUUACUAUAUCGGCGACUUGGCACCGGAGGAGGAGGAGGGGCCCAGCUCGAGUCGCCUGUCGAGUUAGCUCGUCUUUGCAUUCGCGGGACGCCAAAUGGGCGUUUUGCAUCUCUUGAAAACUCUUACCUUUCCUAUUCGCAAAAUUCUUCUUCUACUUUUCCUCCAAAUGUUGGCCUUUAUGUAUAUUAAUUGGGCACUCAGUAAUAUUACCUUACAGGCGGGGCGGGACUGCCCGUCGUGUUCAUUUCAUUUCGUUUUUCCAUUUUUUGGCACCGUACAUAUGAGCAUGCAGGACAGCGCGCAGCAUACCUUCACUUUAUUGCGCUGGGGUAUUAGGAUGGAUUCUUUGGAUUCUGGAGUGUACGGCGUGGAGUGUAAACGGCGGUUGGUACGGCGGUGGUCGUUGCCACGCCGGGUCUGUGUGGACUCGUUACCUGUGUGAGUGGUCUGUACUAAAUCCAUUAUAUUAUAUCUUGGAAUCCAUACAGGUUAUGCUCGCGUUAGUAUGAAAACCAAUACACGUGAGGUGUUUGGGCGGUUGCCUUGAUGAGGAUAGGUUCCUUUACAGCCUCGUAGAUAGAUAGUCACCGGAUGGGGGGAAGAGGUAGCAGGACAGGAAUUCGGGGUAUUUGCUUGGAUGGCAUGUCGUACUGUGUCAUUACGGUAGUCGUACUGGACGCGCUACUUGAUCAGAGCGGUAGGGGUAGGCAGACAGCCUGAUGGGGCUGUGGGCUGUCACUCACCGCCGCCAUACCCCGAAUAAACAUUGCAAACAUCGAUCGACCCCU